AUGAAUAAAACUAUAUCACUACUAUAUUCUUUACUAAUAUUAAUUAUCCAAGUUGGAGCCGCCAGAAAGGAUGCACAAACCACCCCAAUAAUAGUUGCACCAGAGGCUAAAACAACAACAACAACAUCAUCAUCAUUAUCAUCAUCAACUACCACCACCACAGGAAAACCCAAUAAUGGUAAAAAAUCACCUGGGAAACCCACAACUGAUUCUAAUGAUAUAGUACAAAUUACCCUUCAAAGACCAACAACACCACCACUAUUAUCACAAGAAACCCAAUUGAAAGGGUCAGGUGACACUAAAGCUGGUCAGGCCAUUAGUGGUAGUACAACUACUAGUGUCCCUAGUUCAAUCAUUUAUGAAAAUAAUGAAGAUAAAUCAUUAUUUAAAGUAUUAUUUACUAUUCCACCAAAUGAUAUAUUUUAUAAUGCUGAUUUUAAUUUUGGUAAUAAUGAUACCAAUAAUGAUAUUCAAUUAAGAUUAGAUUUAAUUCAACCGGAAAUUUGGGUAUUGAAUAAAUACAAUUUCCCACCUUGUGAAGAUUUUUUAGCAAAUACCAAUUCACCUACCACCACCAAGACAACCCCUUCUACUUUUACUUCUACUAUGGAUUAUAAUUAUGUAUUAUCAUGUGCAUCAUAUGGAGCAUAUACAUCAUCAUCAAAUCCUGAAGACAUGGAAUCACCAACUCCGGGUGUAAAUGUUCAAAAUUAUCAACCAUAUAUAAUUCCCUAUUUAAAUCUGCUUGAAGCUAGUGGAGAAUUUGUCACUGAUGAUAUAUCAUUUAAUUUAACUACUGGAGAUCCAAUUGAAUUUAAAAACAUGACAUUUCUUGAUGUUAAUGAUAGUAAUGCUUUAGUUGGAGGUCUUGGAUUAGCGGGGACACCUAAAGGUUCAGGAUUUUUAUAUUCAUUAGUUGAUCAAGGUAUAAUUGAAUCACCAGGAUAUUCAUUAUGGUUUAGUAAUGAUAGUAAUCCUGAUACUGCUAUCGCUCAAUUAUUACCUGGUGUUAUAAAUCAAAAAUAUUAUGUUGGGAAUUUUUAUCAAUUUGAUAUGAUACCUCAUACUGGAUUUAGAUAUAAUGCUAGUUAUCAAGAACAAAAUCAAGAUUUAUUUAAUUUAAUAUUACCAGUGAUACAAAUAAGUGAUAUAUUAAUGGUGAAUUUAAAUUCGGGACAAAAAUUGACGAUGAAAUCAAAUGAUGAUCAAAUACCCGUUUUACUUGAUUCCAGAGCAUCGAAUUUUUAUUUACCUUUAGAAGUGAUUAUUAAUUUAGCUAUUCAAACGAGAGCUUAUUAUUCAAGUGAACUCACGAGAUGGCUUGUUACUUGUCAUCCAUUACUUGAUGUUAAAGCUGCCAUUGAAAUCCAAAUUGGUGGUUUGACGGUAUCGGUACCAAUAUCGAAAUUUAUUGGUCGAGCAGUAUAUAAUGGAAGUUCAUUAAAUUUUGAAAAUGGGGCUGAAGCAUGUGUUUUAAAAGUUGUACCUAGUUCAGUGACUGGGUAUAAUAUGUUGGGAUUACCAUUUUUAAAACAAAUUUAUUUGGCAGUUGAUAAUGAAGGUAAAAAAAUUGCUUUAGCUAAUCUGAAUAAAUAUUUAAAAAUGACUAAACAAGAUAUUUUUAAUGAUGUGGCAAACCCUGAUCAACAUGUUUAUAAUAAUACUGCUGGCGAAUUAGCCGAUAUCACCAAUUCCAAUUCCAGCUCCAGUGAUACUACCAGUUCUAUUGAAUCUGGAAACUCUGGAAUUUCUGGAAAUUCUAUUGAUUAUAUUAAAUCAGGGAAAAUACCUUUUGCCACGGUAUACAGUGAAUCAACUGAAGGUACAUUUAUAUAUUCUUCACUUAGUCAAACUAGUGGAGCCACGGUUAUUUUAGAUAUUCCUGCUAGAUUUAGUGGUGCUUCUAUUAAAAGUGGUUUAAUUUAUUUAAAUGGAGAUUCACUGACUUCAGUUACUACAAGUGCUAUUAAUAGUACAUCUACAAGUAAAGCACAAGCAAAUUUGAAUGGUCAAAUGAAUUAUGUUGAAGUUGGAACAAUGAAAUUUCCAACAGCAAUAUUAUCACUUGUUUUAUCAAUAUUUCUUAUUAUAAUAACAUUAUUAUGA